UCUGAGCAGCUGUGGGGAGGGUCGCCAGCUGAUAGAGGAAACUCACUACCUAUUAAACCCAAACACAGACACAGUCUAAUGCGUAUCCGCUGUGUGCAAAUAAUACGGGUAUUGCAGCCCUGAGCGCUAGCGAGAGGAGGGCUUGUUCUGGGAAUUUGUUUCAACUUAAGUUGAUAUAUUUAUAUCAUAUAGCUAGCGUUUGAGGAAGCGUAAAGUGCAAAGAAACUGAGCAAAAGGAGAGCGUUGGUCAUAUGGAAUAAGGCUGCUCUGUGGGAGCAGAGUGCCCAUAGUGAAGUGUGCCCAAAUACACAUACCCUAUCUCCCGCCUUGGCUUUACUGGGGUUCUAACUGACCAUGGAGGUGUUGGAAAAUGGGGAGCACAACCUGUUGCACUGGGAUCGAAAGCUGAGCGAGCUGUCAGAACUGGUGGACUCCGAUUCCCUGCUAAACAAUACGCACUUCACGGAGUUCCUGGAUGAGUUUUCGCAGGAUGUCCUAGGCCAGCUCUUGAAUGACCCCUUCAUGUCUGAGAAAAAUGAGAUGAUGGAAGUGGAACUGUCCCCAGCAUCCCCAGCUCCCCUCAUCCAGGCAGAACACAGCUACUCCCUGUGUGGCGACUCUCGCCCCCAGUCCCCACUGACCCACGUUUCGACUGAUGACAACUUCAAUGAAGCUGACCUGGAGAAUGAGGAAUGGUGUCUGGGCGCAGAAUUGACUUCAGCAACAAUAAAAACUGAACCUGUGCUGUGUGAGGCGCCAGGCCUUACCCCCUCUGUCAGUCUCACCAUCACAUCUGUACCCCUGGAAGGCGAAGAACCCCAGCUGCAAUCUGAUGCCAUGAUGAAACCGUUGAGCCAGAAGGUUCUUCCAGAGAUUAAAUUGGAGCCACAUGAAGUAGAUCAGUUUCUGAACCUGUCUUCUAAGGAAGCAGUGGAUCCACUACACCUGCCUCCAACUCCUCCCAGCAGCCAUGGCAGUGACUCCGAGGGAGGGCAAAGCCCAUCCAGGUCCCUCCCGCCUUCAAGCCCGGUCCAAUUACAAGCCACAGCUAAAGUGACAUCGCGCAUGGCUUCAGCACUCUCCAAUUCACCUCUCCUGACAGCACCACAUAAGCUGCAGGGGACUGGUCCAUUGAUCUUGACGGAGGAAGAGAAGAGGACGUUGAUAGCUGAGGGCUACCCUAUUCCUACGAAACUGCCCCUGACAAAGGCAGAGGAAAAAGCACUGAAGAAAAUCCGCAGGAAAAUAAAGAACAAGAUCUCUGCCCAGGAAAGUAGGAGAAAGAAGAAAGAAUACAUGGACAGCCUUGAAAAGAAGGUUGAGUCCUGUUCAAAUGAAAAUAGUGAGCUGCGUAAGAAAGUGGAAGUCCUGGAGAACACUAACAGAACUCUUCUACAGCAGUUACAGAAACUCCAAGCCAUGGUUGCUGGCAAAGUGUCCCGUUCCUGUAAAGCAGCCAGCACGCAGACAGGGACCUGUCUCAUGGUGGUGGUGCUGUGCUUCGCAGGCAUUUUUGGCAGCUUCUCUCAGAGUUACGGGCCCUAUCCUUCUGCCACAAAGAUGGUGCUGCCCAGCCAGCAUUCCACACCAGAGUCAUACACGGCCUCCAUUGUACGGUCAAGAAGUCUGCUAAUUUACGAAGAGCCCCACCAACUGGAGGAGCAGUACAGUUCAAUCUCCUUUGCAGAUCGCAGUGAGGUCUGGGAUAGGCAUGUGGAUGCCUCCAAACACACAGCACUAUCUCUGGAAUCUGUGCCAGGGGGACAGCAGGACAAAGUCACACAUUUCACAAUAGCCAAUGAGACACGGCUAGAGAAAUCAGUGGUGCUGGGGCGGCAGCCGCACAGGGUCAGCUCAGAGUUGGAAGUGAAUGAAACGCUGAAAAUAAUUGAAAUUGAUAGACGAGUCAAUGCCACUUCUUAAAGAAGAGGCCUUUCCCCCCCUCAUUAUCCUCCCCUCUUUCCAACCCAAGGCCCACCCCUUCCUCCAGACUCAUCAUCAUCAGGGAACCAAAGGGCAAAAGAGAGAGAGAGUCUGCCAACUUCUGAUCUGGCUGAAGAGUCUGACUUGAGUCAGCAGCAGUUGUCCUCGUUUUGUCCUUUCCUCCGGGCACACAAACCUGCUUCUGCUUUUACUGCUGUACCUGACUGGUAAUACAAGGGAGGGUUUGAAUCCUAAAGGUGGCUGGUGCCAACGGUGUACAGCUGGUUGGUUUGUGUAUGUACCCUAAUCAAGGGGCAGAGCCAUCGAAUGGAGGAGUGGGAUCAAUGUAACUCACGGGGGAACAUUUGUGGUAGGUCAUGUGGGAGAAGGAAACUGAAAGAUGCAGUGUGACACAGCUCAGGAUUUGGCCACAGCUCCAUGCCCAUCACUUUUGGCAUACUGGAGCUUUAUGGGGAGAGAAAUGUGUUCACGGUUCCCAUCCCUCCCACUGAGGGCAGAGAACAGAGACUAGUUCUGUUGAGCCAACAGCACAGACAGGAGAGUCUGUUCAAUGGCAGUAUUGAUUUUUUUUUUUUUUUUUUUUUUUUAAGUUUUCCUUCUCCCUGCUCUCUCUCUUCCCUUUUCCUGCCCCUUUAUCACAUGGUGGGUGAAGUUUCUUUACUGUUGCCAUCCUUAUGAAGGAUCCAGGCAAAGUUCAAUCAGCCCGUGUAUCUUCUCAGGCCUUGUCUACAAUUGCACCAAUUUAGCUAAAUCAGUUUAGAAACUGAUUGAGUUUAAUCUGUGUGAUUCCCUUGUGUGGAAAUCUUUAAAUAAGAUUAUGACUAGUAUAUUGUAUCCAUUUAGCUUAAGUUGAUUCCUUACUGGCAUAAACGAAAUCAAUACUAGGCUCUCUUAAACCAAAAUAAGAGCGUCCACAUUAGGGGAUUGCAUGGCUUUAAUUAAAUUAGUUUCUAAAUCCAUUUAGAUACAUUGGUGCAGUUUUUUGAGGUAGACAAGCCCUCAGAUUGCUCUAGGUUCUUCUUUUCCCCCAGCCUCCUGCUGCUGUUGUAAAUAGUAUUUAUUAGCUUUUCAAAAUUUCACUCUGGUAGCCAGACUGGAGAGCCAAGCUCCCAAGACCAUGCAGGCGUUCUUGGUGAACUUUGAAAUCAAGAUGGAAAAAAUGUGUUUUUUUAAAAUUAAACUUAGUUC